CCUGCUGUACACGCGCUCUACGGUCGUGCAUUUCAAUCCCACGACCAUGCGACGCCACGACGCUGGACCAUGAGGCGUGAGUCGGCAUGCCAUUGAUGCGCAUUCCCUACACGCAGCCGCUGCCCAGUCCUACCGUCGUGCCCGCUAGAGCAACCACAAUCGGUGGCGCAGUCGACGCGCUGAAGAACUUCUUAUCACGCGACCACGAACGCGGAAAGGCUGUCGUCUUGUCCGGUGCGGGAAUCUCAGUAUCCAGCGGACUCUCCGACUAUCGAGGGAGCCAAGGGACGUACACCUUGAACAAAACGUAUCGCCCGAUCUAUUUUCAUGAAUUCUCAGCAAGCCACGAAGCGCGGAAGCGAUACUGGGCACGAUCUUUCCUGGGAUGGACCACUCUCAAUCGUAGCAAGCCCAAUCCGGCACAUUAUGCGGUGAAAGAAUUAGGGGAUCUUGGGUUCAUCUCCCAAGUCAUCACUCAAAAUGUGGACAGCUUUCACCCUCAGGCGCAUCCGAAUCUGGAGACAUUGGAGCUGCAUGGGUACCUGAGAAGCACGGUCUGCCUGACUUGCAGGAGCGAAUAUUCUCGCGCUGCCUUUCAGGAUGAUCUCAGUCGCAUGAACCCUCAAUGGGCGGACUUUCUGAACGAGAUGCUCGCUACCGGCGCUCUUGCCACGGAAGACCCUGCUGAGCGUCGAAGACGUGGACUGAAGACGAAUCCUGACGGCGAUGUCGACGUACCUGGCGUAGAGUACAGCACUUUUCGAUAUCCACCAUGCCCUAAAUGCAACAAAGACGCCCGCGAUGGCAGCAAGGUCAUCCGGACCGACUCGGACGGGGCAUGGGCGACUGGGUCAAAUGCUGGUAUCCUCAAACCUGCCGUCAUCAUGUUCGGUGAAUCAAUCCCUAGCCCGAGCAAAUUAGCGGUUGAAGCUGCUGUAGAUGGAGCGGGCAGUAUGCUGAUCUUAGGGUCUUCACUGGCGACAUAUUCGGCUUGGCGAUUAGUGAAGAGGGCACGCGAGCAAGGGAAGAGAAUUGCGGCGAUCAACAUGGGUGGCAUUCGUGGAGAGGAAGCAUUCUUCCGGCAUCUGUCGAGCGAUGGCGAUGGGCGUGAAGGCGUCAGAUGCAGUUUACCAUUGGAGCAAACUCUUCCCGCAUUGGCGAGUAGACUGCGUGCAGACUCGGGCCAAAGUUCUUUUCGGCCUGCUCCAUGGGCGGAUCGAUGAUCUAUGGUGUAAAGACAUAGCUGCGUUCGAACUGAGGCUGUGAAACAAGCAUGACGAUGCAAGUCUAGCUAUUGCAGUGCAGCAGCAGCCGCAUGCUAAGUGUACAAUAUUCACUAAAAAGCUAUGGUCAUGUCUUCACUGGCCGGUCAAAUUUACCUUCGUACAAUUCGCAAAACACGCCACAUUCAUACACGUACGUUGCAAACAUGAUGUUCGGUCAUUCUCAUUGCG